AUGUCCGUUAUCCUCAUCAUCGCUAUUCCCACACAGAAAGAGUCCUGGCUGCAUCGUAUUGCGCCGGACCGUAUCUUCCGCAUGAUCGCCGACGAGCGCAACGGCGACACCGAGCCUCGACGAGCCAUCGAUUACAUACCCGGCUACAACAGCAACCGCUACUCUGACCGCAUCGAGGAGGAGAUUGAAGAAGACAGCCAGGACUCAGUUCGUGCUAUUGAGGAGGGCAAUCGCCGCCUCGAUGGCGCGUUGCCAGGGCAUGUCGAGCGCGACCAGCAGCCUAGUGUCGAGAACGAAUGGGCGAGGAACUAG